UCUGUGAUUCAUAUUAUCAAAACGUCCCACUUAGCUGCCGAGUUUAAACCAAAAUGGGAGGCCCAAUUAUAUUCUCAAUUUUCGCCACCCUGAUUUUUGGCCUAGGGAUUGUCAGGGCUGACCCGUCAUUUCAAUGCUCUUUGGACAUUAUCGCGUACCAGGCAGGAAUCAGUCCCCUUAAUCCGCAGCUAUGGGCUCUUAAAAUGCUGGAUUCUUCGACGAAACUGCCCCCGGACGGAAUUCUGCAGGGCGCCGCCCGAUUUCAAUUGGGAAAUUACGACGAAUGUUUGGCCGUGCGAGGGCCGUUGAGUAACGACGGAGUUCCCAGGUUCAAAGGAAAGUUUUGCAGGGCGCAGCUGGGCUUCAAGCAAGCUUCAAACAAAACCAUAGAUCCAAAGGGACAAUUAAUUUUAAACCAAAUGCAAUUGGCGCAAGAGAGGAUUUCGAAGAAUAUUAAUUUACGCACAGGCGUGAAUUACGUUGAAACCAACCAGCUGCAAAAUUUUAGUGACAACUUUUUGGCACAAUGGGCCGUUUGUGCACCCUCGACCUGCAACGCUGAUGGUGUGAAAAGAGUGGCGGAUUUUAAUUUGGGGCAAUUUUUCUCUCAAUUCAAUUUGGAUGUGGACAUGACGGUGAUUGAAUCUUCUUGCUAUUACGAGGACGACGGAUCUAAAGAUCUAGACACCGGUGCCUGGCUUUUCUUAAUAACCUUUAUGAUCUUCAACAUUGUAUUAAUAUUUGCGACGAUCUGCGAUUACGCGUGGCCCAAAGACAAAGAUAUGCAUGUUGUGGUGCGAGCGUUUUCACUUCGCACCAAUUUUAGGGAGUUAUUCAAACUGCCAGCAAAAAGCGUACCUCCAGGACAACUGCCCUGCCUGCACGGCCUCAGGGUGCUCAGCACCUUUUGGGUCAUUCUUCUGCACGUCUACCCUGUAGACUUUUUCAACCCCCACAUGAACCUUAAUUUGGCCAUAAAUAAGUACAUUCAUAUGUGGACAAUGGCACCUGUUCUGCAUGGGUCCCUUUCUGUGGACACAUUUUUUGUCCUGAGCGGAUUGCUUACGGUCUACGUGCCUCUGGUGGACCAGAAAAAAGGCAGGAAAUUCAAUGUCUUCAAAUACAUGAUCUACCGAUUCAUCAGAAUUACGGUGCCCCUUGCAAUGGUGAUUUUCUGCCUGACAACGGUGCUCAAAAGACUGAGCCACGGCCCUUUGUGGGACUUGGCCAUUGAGUUGGAAACAAAGCGGUGUGAGGGAUACUGGUGGGCCACCCUAGUGUACAUUCAAAAUUUCUACAAGCCUGGCGCAUCCAUGUGUCUUGGCCAGGGUUGGUACCUUCAGGUGGACAUGCAGCUGGCGUUGGUGAUGUCACCUUUCGUCAUAAUCGCAAUGCUGAAGCGGCCCAAAAUCGGUCUUACUUUGUUAGGCCUGCUGUCCUUUUUCUCAGUUGCUCUGGCUUUUUAUUACACAUUCGCCUUCAACUUGCACAUGACCAACGCAUUGACGCCCAACCCGUUGACAACCGGAAACUUUGGCACUCUGAUUUACACAAAUCCAGCCGUUCGCGCGGCGCCUUACUUGGCCGGCAUGAUUUUGGCCUACUUGCUGGCCAACAACGUGACAAUCAAGAUGAACAAAAUUUGGGUCGUGGUUGAGUGGCUGCUCAACACGGCGUUGUGUUUGGCGAUUGUCUACAUGAUCGUCAUCCCUUACAACGUCGACUAUGAGUACGAACACGUGGGGGCAGCUUUCUUUGCUGGUCUCCACAGGUUUGCUUGGGGCGUCGGAAUUUCGUUCAUAAUCUGGGCUUGCACCAAUGGAUACGGAGGCAUCGUCAACUCGAUUUUGUCAUGGAAGCACUUUUUGCCGUUGAGCAAACUCAGCUUUUGUGCCUACCUGGUGCACAUUGACAUGAUUGUCUUUCACAUUGGCCAAAAUAGGGCAAACACUUAUUUUUCAACCUUUGAAGUCGUGUUUGAAUAUCUUGGCACCUUGGUCAUGAUUAUCCCUUUAACACUGUGGCUGUAUGUUGCCGUUGAUGCCCCCUGUCAGACUAUAAUCAGGACAGCUUUUGGAAAACCAGCUAAAUUUGCGCAAGAGCAUAAUAAAAAGCAUGACAAAGAGGAAGUUGCUGCACCAGUAGAAAAAGAACAAGAGAUAAGUUCGUCCGGCUUGCAGGAAAAAGAAAAUCAAGAGGAUAUUGUGGAAGUAAAGAGCGAUUGAUUAUAAAAUAUAAAUGAGAAACAAAUAGUUAAAUAAUAUUGCAUUUGAUUAAAACAUUUAUUUUUUCUUUUUUUAAAUCAAAAUUAUCAAUUUCCGCUAAACUUUGUAUUUAUCUUCAGACUUGUUUAUCGAUUUAAUAUGGGCUUUGUUACUUAUUAUGAAUUCCAUUUAGUUAUACUGAGAAACUAAUGGUCAAUCGCAAAAAUUUAUCCAUUAGAAAAAAACAAAUCAAUACAUUAUUUGUAAAAUAAUUAGAAUUAAUUAUUUUUUUAAUUAAGUAUAGUUUUUUUCUUUUCAUUUGCUUUUUUGUAUUCUCAAUGAAUAAUUACAUCGCCCGCCACUGUAUUGUUUGGUGGAGGAAAAGCUGUAAUUAAAAACCAACGCCUGACUUAACACAGACGACAAUAUAAUAGCAGCGUUUCCAUGUAUCCGAGGCAGACACUCGCGUUGCCUCAUUCACAAUGGGAUGAUAAUAUGUGUAUGUACAAGCAAACUCACAUAUACAGCGUAUGUCUUCUCACAAAAUUGGAAAUCUCCGAGCGGGGCAAUAAUUUAUAAUAAUAAAACAGGAUAAAGCUCCCGCCGCUCGUUAUUUUAACAGCUUUUUAGAAAACAUUUCUUCUUUCUUGGUCAUGGACAAAAACUUUCGACUGUAAAAUUAAAGAACUACGGAGGCUACA